AUGAUGGACUUCACUAUUCAAAUGGUGAUGAGGAUGUUCUGGUACGAACCCCGACUGAGCAUUCCAGAAUUUCCGUCGACAGAACAACGGAACUUGAAUUUGGGAUUCGUGCAAAAGCUCUGGACACCUGAUGUUUACAUGAUGAAUUUGAGGAAGAGCGUAUCUCCGCAGCUCUACUCUCCGGCUAUAUCUCUCAACGUCUUUGGAGAUAAGAGGCUUCGAUACAGCAAGCUGUGA